CUUUACGUUAUCGUACGUAUUUGACGUUAUUGAAUCUUUAGUUAUCCUGAAAAGAGUGCCCCCAAAAAUGUUUUGUUGUUUUCGGAUUCCCGUGGAUCUGGGAGAGAUACAUAUUUUACGAGCCAUGUGGAUCAAGUUCGGUAGCAUCAUGGCACUUUUAGUGGGGGCAGUGAUUUCAGACCCUAUCACACGUCGAGCGAGAGGAGUGUUGUGUGGGACACAGCUGUCGGAGGCUUUGUCUUUAGCUUGUGGCAGCAAUUUUUAUGUUCCAAGAGAAGCGAGAGAUUCUCCGCUUGGUAUGCUGAAAAACAAUGUGGCUUUUAUUUUCCUGGGUCGCCACAGACGGCAGCACCGAGGCGUUGUGGAGGAAUGUUGCCACAAAUCAUGUUCGAUGCAAGAACUACUUAGUUACUGCGGCAAUUGAUGGCUGAUUUUCACAGUUCCUGU